AUGGAUCAAGACUUGAACCAAACCUCAAGAACAUCAUCUUCUCCAAGAAAAAGAAGAUUGCGUCGCUCUAGAAGCGUCCCUCGUGGUGGUGAUUCUGUGUCCAAUGACCAAAAUAUCAAAAUCAAUGCAGCUGCUGACAUCAAUGGAGAUGAAGUGGUUGGCUCUGCUGUUCCAUUAUUCACAAAGAUUGAUCUUGAAGUAGCUGACAUCAAUGGAGAUGGAGUCGUUGGAGCUGCGGAGUUUAUGGUAUAUAGACUAAAACAAAUGAACAAGAUUGAUCAGGAAGAUAUCAUUAAGAUAACAAAAGAGUUUGAGAGACUCGAUGUCGAUGAAUCCGGAACUCUGACAGAUUCUGACAUUGAUCUUGCUCAGACAAACUCUCACAUCCAAAGCUCUGUUAUUCCAAGAUUCACAAAGAUUGAUCUUGAAGCAGCUGAUCUUGAAGGAGAAGGAGUCGUUGGAGUUGCAGAGUUUCUUGUGUAUAGACUGAAAGAAAUGGACAAGAUUGAUCAGGAAGAUAUUAUUGGGAUUAUGGAAGAAUUUGAGAAACUCGAUCUUGAUGAAUCUGGGACUUUGACCACUUCUGACAUCGUUCUUGCUCAUCAGAAUACAUGA